UUGCCCCCUUCAAGUGUACCAUCUUUCCCGCUACAGCGUUACUUCGCGUGCCACCGGUGUUUGGCUGGCUUUCCGACCUUGCCAUAUAAAACACAAAUCAAACAGUCAUAAUCGAAUUGAUGGCGGGUGGGACUUACACCGUAUCGUUUAUGUUUAUGUAUAGGUCGUACCUGCUGCACCCCCUUCGUGGGAGGUGGCCAAAUUUGAGGAAUUCAAUUGACGGUACCCGUAUUGUACGGUGAACUUUCACGCGAUAAGCAUCACGGAUUUUUUUAGUUGGGAAGUUUUUUCCUCACACAAACCUCAACGCUGAAGCCGGAAUGGAACCAGCUGGUGGAAAUAAUGAGUCGCUUCCAGUACUUUGACCACUGGACGGACGAACAGAGACAGGACUGCCAAACGCGUGCCAAAGUGAGGGAGUUUGAUCCUGGCCAGACCGUCUUUGUCGAGGGACGGUCCCCGGUGAACUAUGCCCACUUCGUGCUCAGCGGACGCUGUAUGGUGGUGCAGUGCUUGAAGAUGAUUAAGGUUUUGGACAAAUUUGGUAAGGAGGGCUAUCGUCUGGCCGAUGCCCAACCGAUCGAGGAUGAAAUCACACAGUUCCAUCGCCGUAGAAGUUCACGAAUGAUCGAGCUUGGACAGUCCCCUUUUAUGGUUGAAGGUCAAAACUUUAAACUGUCCUCGUCUACCCUUACUGCCGCAAACUGCUUACCCGUAGAAGAACUAAAACGGCUCCAGAGCCUUCGACCCAUUGAGUACGAGUACCGCUUCCUGGACGUAGCCACCUUUGGCUGCGGUUCGGUCUUUGGCGUUGGUGAACACAUGGACGAUCGGACCGUGGUAGCGCGGGCUCGUGUCCAGUGUUUGCUCAUCCCGCGCUACUGGCUGCUCCAAAAGCCGCAGAACCAGAACAACGUUUGGAACCGGGUGCGGGUGUUUAUCGAGCAGCGGCAACCGUCGCGUGAUAAACUCUUCGAGUGGUUCCUCAGCGAUGGCCGGUGGCAACGGAUGCGAACGCAGCUCAGGGAGGACUUUGCCGCGGCUCAUCCCAAGACGCAUCCGACGGCACUCGGAGACGUUCCGACACUGUGUCGGAUCGAUCAGAGUGACGUAUUUGCUUGAU